CGAGACUCUCUUGUAGAGUAGAUUAUGAGUAAACUAAGUACGCUCAAGAACAACUCAACCUUCACACACAAAUGGCUCUAGAAAGCUAUGGAAAAUUAUGAUAUUUGAAUGCAAUGAGAGUAUGGAUGUUGUAAAGUGAAUUGAUGAUAAAAGCAGACCCAAACACCCCUUUUUAUAGUGCAAAAUUAGGCUCCAACGGACCAAUACAUUAAAGGGGUGAUUAGCUUGAUUUAUGGGAUUGAAAAAAUUUGGGAUCUGCAGAAUAUUGGCUUCCCAUCGAUGUUUAGACUCAACCAUCGCUGGUAAGCCAAUUUUCCUUCAGUUUUGAAGUCAACGGUCGCCUACCCAUCGAUGGGUACAAGCUUCCCAUCGCUGGGUGGGAGGUUGACUUCCAAACAAGGAAAGAAUCAACCUUUAAUGACCACCAACGGUCAUGCCUUCCCAUCGAUGGUAUACCCUUACCAUCGCUGGGUUCCCAUCGAUGGGACAGGUUUCCCAUCGCUGGGCAAGGUCGUUCUGCCUUGUGUUAAUUUUGCACCAAGGCUUGAACAGCGAUGGGUAGAACUUCCCAUCGCUGUUUGGCAUGGUUCUGGAAAUUUGUUUGGCUAAGGGACCGCUUACCCAUCGAUGGGAAGAUCUUCCCAUCGCUGGGUGGGUGGUUAGUCAGGAACCCAUGGUUUUUGCCUUAACCACGGCCUAGCCAACCGAUGCGGAAACCGACCGAAAAAAUCAAAGUUCUCCAAAAUAAAAACCAAGUGUUUAG